ACAUGGUUCGCCUUUCCCUGAGAUCCUCGCGGCCGCACGGAGACAGAGCUCGCAGCAGCGGCACACAGCGGAGCGGCGGUCCGCCUGCCUCCGCCGCGCCUAUGGAUUCCUCGUCGCAGCCGCAGCCGCAGUCGCCUCCCGCCGGGGGCGACCCGUCGGAGGACGGCGCGGCCGCGGAGCUGCCCCGGCUCACCGUGACGCUGGUGGAGCAGAUGAAGGUGGAGGCGCGGGUAGCCGACAUCUACCGCGUCCUCUUCGACGCCGCGCCCAACGCCAAGUCCGCCAUGCUAGAGCUGUGGCGCGAUCAGCAUGUCAAGUAUUUGACGAAAGGGCUGAGGCAUCUUGCACCUAGCUUCCAUGUGCUCGAUGCCAAUCGGCCUUGGUUAUGCUAUUGGAUGGUUCAUGGGCUUGCAUUGCUGGAUGAAACGCUUGACGAUGACCUCGAGAACGAUAUUGUGGACUUCUUGUCUCGAUGCCAGGACAAACAUGGUGGAUAUGGUGGUGGACCUGGGCAGUUACCUCAUCUCGCUACAUCGUACGCUGCUGUAAAUACACUUGUAACCAUAGGGAGUGAAAGAGCACUAUCAUCAAUAAAAAGGGACAAUCUGUACAAGUUUAUGCUUCUAAUGAAGGACAAAUCAGGUGCUUUCAGAAUGCAUGAUGGUGGUGAAAUUGAUGUCCGCGCUUGCUAUACUGCAAUAUCGGUUGCCAGCCUCGUGAACAUUCUUGAUGAUGAGCUGGCAAAAGGUGUUGGAAACUACAUAGCAAGGUUUGCUUUGGUUAAUGUGUUUUUUCAAUUUUGGGAACCUUCUGCUGAAGCUCAUGGUGGGUACACUUUUUGUGGGCUGGCUGCAAUGGUCCUGCUUAAUGAAGUGGAGAAACUCGAUUUGCCUAGCUUGAUUGGCUGGGUGGCAUUUCGUCAAGGAGUGGAAUGCGGAUUCCAAGGACGGACAAAUAAAUUGGUUGAUGGUUGCUACUCCUUUUGGCAGGGAGCUGCUAUUGCUUUAGCUCAAAAGCUAAUGGCAGGGUCUGAUGAACAAUCUAAACAAUCGCAGCCCAGCAAAUUAUCCUCGGUAGAUGAUUCUCGUGGGACCAGCUCAUCUGGAUUGGCUUCAGAAAAAACUUCUAUUGUGAAUUAUGCGAAGAUUGGAUUUGAUUUUAUGAAGCAGAGCAACAAAAUAGGUCCGCUGUUCCACAACAUUGCUCUGCAACAAUACAUCCUGCUUUGCGCACAGGUGCCGGAGGGAGGAUUGAGGGAUAAACCUGGAAAGAACAGAGACCACUAUCACUCAUGCUACUGCCUGAGUGGCCUCUCAGUUAGCCAGUACAGCGCAAUGACAGGUUCCGUUUCAUGCCCCUUGCCGCAGCACAUGCUUGGCCCAUACUCGAACUUGCUAGAGCAAAUUCAUCUGCUCUACAACGUUGUGCUAGAGAAAUACGAGGAGGCCUAUGAGUUCUUUUCGAGCGAGUGAUCAAAUGUACACCUUUACAGUCUCAGAUAGCUAGGAUGAUCUGUGAUAUUGCAUGGCUUCAAGUACUGGGGAUAUUUCUGCGACGUGUCCGUUUGUUGUAUACUAGCAGUCAUUUGAAUAAUUGGAUUAUGCUCCUUGCACCGUGUAUGACUGAUUCACUAUGAGUGCAUGGUGAGAGGCUGAGCUCUUUUUGUCACAUGUCUCGGGGAUGUGUUAUUGAUAGCA